ACCGCUGCCGAUACAGUUCUAUCGGGGCUCGUUGCGAACGGUCCAAUUAAUCGGUCCGAUGACCGGCGUAUCCGUAGUUCGGACAUUGGUCAUAGGGCCGCGAGAUUAACGGGAGGAUAGGAUAGAUAUGUCCUUUUCUGUUGGUCGCCGGUCGUGCAGAUUUAGUGCGGCGCCGCGGCGUGAGGCGUCGCGGGUGCGGGGCGCGGGGUGCGGGGUGCGGCGUCGCUCGUAAAGCAUCGGUCGGCACACUCAACUGACGCGCGCCCCGGCGGCCACGCGUUGCGUAACAUCGCACCGCGCAAUAAACAACGCGACGUGCUCGCGGCAUCUCGCCACGACCACGUGCGUCCGACAUUACGUAUUGCGCUCAUGCCGGCACUAAAACGCCGACACGUGACCUGACGGAGUGAAACUCCUGCGGACUCAUAUUCGCGUCAUAUUCGCUUUUCGACAACCGUUCCCGAGCCGUGACUGAGUGAGAGUCCCAAGUUGUAUGCGCGGGAUGGCGCGCGAGCGAGCGCCGACGGCCAGCCGCUACCGCCCGGCCUAAAGGUAAGGAUUCCAGACAACCCGAAUUGGCGAAAAUAAUUCCAAAUUCAAAUGUUGGAUCUACUAUGUGUGUGUGAAGUGAUUGUUUGUGUUGUGACGUGCUCGCCGCUGCUCGUACGAUAAACAAUUCAAUUUUGAUUUACAUAAAGUCGUAUUUCAAAUUCGCGCGGUCCCCACGUUCGCCGGCUUCAAUGAAUAUGGUUGUGUGCGUGAGCAGCUGAAAAUCGGAGGGAGGUUUUCUGUCUCGUUUUGGCUGACCAAAAUGUAUAAUGCGAAUACAAGACGGAUGACAACGGUUGAAUGGCAGACGGGCCAAAAACUCGCAAGAGCUUUUGUAGAGUCGUUGCAUUAUUAAAAGCUCGUCCAUUUGCGAAACGUUCCGGAAGUUGCGAAAAGUUUGCCGAACAAUAUAACGCUUAAAAGUUUUGUGAAACGUUUCGUUAAUCUUAAAUGUAUUUUUAAAAACUCAAUCAUUUCUAUAAUAAAACAAUGUACGAAGGACAUUUUAGUUCGCGAGACAACGUCGGCGUCGCGUCGUGUCGGCGUCGACUAGAAACAAAAGAAGGAGAAGCGACAAACUCCGUAGCAUUUCCCGCCCAGCCGUAGCGCGGCGCUACAUGCAUUCACACGCAUUCAGCUAAUCUGCCAUGCGAUCAGCCACAUAGGCGCACGCGUGUAAUGCAACUCGUUUAUAAAUGCUAUAGAUUCUACUGUACACCUUGCAGUUAGGCAUCAUUUCGUUUGGCCGGGUUAAAACGUAAAAGCAUGCUGCAUGUUCGCACUCCCACCCGCACCCAUACAUCCGUAGCUAUCGUGUAUGAAUGAGGGACGUGGCUGUGUGUGCGUGUAUACGUUUGCGCUUGGCUGGAGGCUGUCAGUGUGUUGGUGCCUGUGCCUGCACGUGCACGCGCGUGUGUGUGCCACUCAUGGCACCCGACUAUGACGGCUCGUAGAUUUGACAGCUAGCUCAAUGCGGGUUCAGACGUUCAUUAUAUUCGAACCGAUAUAAAUUUACCCGUAAUGCACAAGUACGUAAAUAUCAAAACAUCAGUGAAAAGAUGAGACUGUGUUGUGAACGUUUGUUUGGGACUGUUACAAAGUGGACGCUGAAAAACUGGAGAACGAAGAUUUUCGCGCGAACUUGAACUUUGAAGAGUUUGAUCUAUUUUUUUAUAGUGAUAUAAUAUACUUUGGUUUAGGGAGUGAUGAUUCGUCUUGGCAAUUAGACACGCUCUGUUUGGAUUACAAGGGGUUCCGGAAUGAAUAAAAUAUUGUAUGUGCCCGAACUCUAGCGGUCUUCAAGAAUGAUAAAUUCGUGAAGAGGAAAAAAUAAAUUGUAUCCUUGUUAAUGAGACACCGGAUGGCAAUAAUAAAAACUAAAUGUACAAAAAAUAUAGAACCAAAAUAAACUUUAUAUGAAUGAAAUAGAAACGACACGGUGAUAUUAGAUGAUAAUAGUGCAAACAUUGGUGAUCUUAGUGAUAAUAUUUAUAGCGAUAAUAGUUCUAGUAAAGUGAAGUUUAAAUCUGAAUUGGAGUUUCAUGACAUCUGAAAUCUUAUUGGAUUUCUUUAUUGAUUCGUCGAGGAUCCGAUGCAGAGACACCGACCGUCCAGACCGCGUGAACCGCUCGUGAGUCCGCCCGCUGCCGCGUAGUGAAUGGAAUCCGAAGUGUCUGUGUGGUGAUAGAACGGUGUUAGUGUGGCCCCCAGGCCCGGUCGUGCCACGGACGGGACGGACGCGAGCCGCGCGGGCUGCGGGCCCGCCAUGAGCGCCAACAACUGCGACAGCAUGACCUACUUCUCCAACUCGUACAACAUGCCGGACAUGCGCAACGGCGGCGGCCACGAGCUGGCGCAGGCGCACGCGCACUACGGCGCCGUGCCGCAGCAGGGCCACGAGCUGGACUGCGACCCGGGCCUGCGCGCGCCGCAGCACCACUACCCGGCGCAGACGGCGCCCGGCAUGCCCUACCCGCGCUUCCCGCCCUACGACCGCAUGCCGUACUACCAGCAGAUGGACCAGAACGGCUACCGGCCGGAGAGUCCGUCGCAGCUGGCGCACAUGGGGGGCAAGGGAGGGGAGGGGUACGGGCCGAACGGGCACCAGGCGCCGGCGCCGACGGUGUACCCGUCGUGCAAGCUGCAGGCGGCGGCGGGCGGCGUGCCGGGCUCGCCCCCGCUGGAGCAGGCGCAGCAGAUGCCGCACCACAUGCACCAGCAGCACAUGGGGCACGGCGUGCACCAGCAGCACCUCAUGUACCCGGUGGACGACAUGCAGCAGCAGACGCAGAUGCCCAUGCACCAGGCGCCCAUGCACGCGCAGCAGCCGCCGCCGCAGCCGCCGCCCAACACCAACGCCUCGCUGCCCAGCCCCCUCUACCCCUGGAUGAGGAGUCAAUUCGAACGAAAGCGAGGUCGGCAGACGUACACGCGGUACCAGACGCUCGAGCUGGAGAAGGAGUUCCACUUCAACCGGUACCUGACGCGGAGGAGACGCAUCGAGAUCGCGCACGCGCUCUGCCUCACCGAGCGGCAGAUCAAGAUCUGGUUCCAGAACCGGCGCAUGAAGUGGAAGAAGGAGAACAAGACCAAAGGCGAACCAGGAUCCGGAGACGAGCCGGACAACAUGAGUCCGCCCACCUCGCCACAAUAACUCUAGCUUAGGACAAAAUAAGGUCGAUUUAAACAUUGUUUCAGGUUUACCCGUAAUACCAUUGAUUUUUUUCUGGGCUGUAUUUUCAUAUGAAGGUGGUAAACGUGAAACAGUUUCGAUCAGAGUUACUAGAACAGUUUAAUUUGUAUAAAUUGUAUGUUGGACUUCUCAUGAUAAUAUUAUAUUAUAAACUAAUACGUAACUUAGUGAUUAUGCGUAAUGAUAGUGUGAUGAAGAGAUUUUUACAGUUGUUAAGUAUAAAUUAAUUUAUAGACAAUCUUAAUACCAAUAAUUACCAAAAACGCAGUGUAUAUUGUUAGUGGACUGCAACAACAUUUAUGUGAUUAUAUAGUUGGAUAAUAAUUAUCGUUUCGAAAGCAUUGGUAAUUACUGAUUUGUAUAUUGGCUUGUUUUCGUAAUUUUGCAAAGCGCUUGGUGUUCCCUGCUGCCUCCUCUUAGUGACGUCACUAACGAGGAGUCCCUCACAACACUCUCAAAAGUGCACUGCUUUCAUUAUUUGUAUUUAGUUUUUAAUGGAAUACAAAAUAAUCAUUAAAUUCUCUAUUAAAACUUCCUUAAAAUAGAGGAGCUACAUUUACUUUAAAUCGAGUAAUAUUAGAAUUUGACAUUCGCUACUUGACGGUGGCUUUGUUGAUAAAUAGAAACAAUAAUGCUUAUAAUAUUUUUCUGGAUCACCAAGCUCUUUGUAAAGUCUCAAAAUUUCAAAUUAAAUAUUUUAUUUUAAAUCACAAAACCACAAGGACCUCUUUUAAUUAACCAUUGAUAAGAAGGCAAUUAGUGACGAUGUUGUUAUUAUUAUUAUUUAAUAUAUUUGACGUUUUAUUUCUAAUUAAGGUAUCGAAAUGCUAUUCUGUACAUAUUUGAUAAUUUUAAGAAUUUAUAUAUUGUACAAUUGUUUAAGUGUGAGUAAUUUGAUGAGAUUAUUCUUUCCAGAACAACGACGUUUUUUUGGUAUUUUACGGCUAGAUUAGUUUCAGUUCAUACAAACUUUUCCGUAUUUUCCUGUCGUAUGUAAUUUAUAUAAAUGAACACAUACCUUAUUUAGAGUAGACGAUUGGGAAGGCCAGUUACAAAGUGCAAUGUAUACGAUUUUGAACAGAUAUACGUAAUUAAUACUUAAAAAUAAACGUCAUAGGAAACUUAAACCUACUGUAAAAAUAAAAAAAGUUAUAACGAAUUUAGCUGAAACAUUUACGAAGAUUUCGAUAUUCUUUGACAAACUUGUAUCUGUUUGAACUUGGAGAAAGGUAUGGUUUAGUACCGUGUUGGUGCAAAUGUCUAUCAUAACAAUGAAAAGAAAACACGCUAUAAAUAAAUAGCUUUUAUGAUUAUAAUUUAUGUAUUCAAAGUUACCUUCAAUGAUGUAGGGGUUGAGAAAUCGUAAUUGGACUUUACAUCACUGUCUUUCACUGACAUUACUAUACCUACUAGAAUAUUGUACAAUAAAGUGUAAAGCUACAUUAAACACUGUAUACCAAAGGUAGAAAAUAUCUGGCUGGUUGUUGCUAUGAGUAUUCAUAAUUACUAUAAUCAACUAACUUAUUUUAUCCAUAAUUACAUUAUGUAAAAUGUUACUACAGAACCAUUUAUUUACUUAAAACACUUUCUACAUACUCAUUAAAUUUAUAGAUUUGUCUUUUGUAUCUGUGUAUUUUAGUCUACAACAAGAACCAUAGAUGGCGUUGUUAAAUAUUUUCUUCUGAUAAAAUUUAACUUUUUCUGAACUGAUACAACCACAACAACCAGCAAAUAUUAAUGUAUUUUUGUAAAAACAUCGCCUACUGAAACGAUAUACGUAAUAAAUGUAUCUAAUUAUCAGAUAUGCCUAUUGUUAAAUUAGUAGUUACAAAUUCUACAAAAAUGUGCAGAAUUCUCGGCAGAUUUUUCUGAAUCGGUGUGUUUUUACAGCAAUUGUUCUAUAGCACUUACAGCAGUGUGUGAAGUUUUUGAAAACCCCUUUUAAUAUAUUAUAACUUAUUUACAUAAUUUUGAACUGAAAUUACCAACAGUUUUCAAUGAACUUGACAUGCUGCUCUAAGAUGUUGAAAGUGGUGUAAAGAAAAUUGUGUUGCAGGUUCAAUUUAUACAAUUUUUCUUUUGUGUGCUGUGUUCGUUAAGUAAAUGUAAAUUGUAAUAAUUGUAUAUUGUCGAUAUAUUCAAUAUUUAUUUAUUGAUUUGCUUAAUUAGGAUCAUUUCCGUUGAAUCUUCAGUAGUAAAAGGUAUUAGUUCUUUUAAUUUAUUAAGUGGAAAUCUGGCUGGGAUGCAUUUCAUGCUGUUCUCAUAUUAGUUUAUUUUGCUCAAGAAUCUUAUGUUUUAUACUUGUAACAUUAUUUUAGACCUAAGAUUUGUAUUGUAUCUGGCGGUUACAAAGUGUACCUACCUAUAUGAUAAAUGAACCAAACCUACAUACGACUUUGCAUUUGAGUCAUAUUUAUUUUUAUUUUCAUUAAGAGCGAGAGAAAAUCUGUUAACUUAAACUUACUGACUCAAGUGUAAGGUCCCGGUUGAUAAUGUUUACUUACCAGUGAAGUUAUUCUAGAGCGGUAUCAAGUGCAAUCUUAUCGAAAACAAAUUCUAAAUAAAACAAUCCCUUGCCAGAUUAAAGUUGUUCGAAUAAAAUUAAAAAAUAGUAAAAUUACCUACUUAUUAGGUUUAUGACAAAAUACGUUUAAGUUUUGAUUGUUAGGUCUUAACAGAAACUGUCCUUAAAUUCGGUCAAAAUUAGACUCGUAAGUAAAUCGGUGGGAAAACCUUAAAUGAUUUCAUUAACUCUAUUUAUGUUCUAUCGAUUCAAAAUUUAUGAAAUAUAACUUUAAAUAGUAACUUAAUAAGGUUAGGUGAGACGAUAUUGUCAUAAAUAUAUAAAUACAUGAAAUUAAUAAAGCAUAAUGAUUGUA